AUGCAGGGAGCAGCCUUUAAGGAUAUAAUAAGUGACUUUUUUUGGGUUGUUCCUUCUUCUUGGAACCAAACAAACGCACAGCUCGUGUACUCACACUUGGUGGAUUCUGAGUGCUACAACGAGGAGUUCAAUGAGGAGUUCAGCGAUUACUGUUAUCGGCUUGUUUUGGGUACAUGGAAUAACGCUGGGGAACCCUGUAUUGUAAGUGAGCCUUGCUUGGCGCACAUGACCAGACCAGGCUGUGUUAACUACACACUGUCUCACCAGCUGUUGUACUUCAUGACUGCAAAAAUGAAAGGCUGCUCACAGGGUCUGUUUCUCCAGCAAUAUGCUCAUUAUACUGAUGUGUUCUGUGCUAAUAUGAUGAGGAGGAAUUUGGAAAUUGAAAGUGAUGGGUUUCCGCCUAAAGAGAAAGAUCUUUUCAUGGAAAAUAUUAUGCUGUGCGGUUUAUCUGGGUAUUCAGACUUUUUCAAGUCAGACUGGAUGGACACCAUUAUCAGCUGGCAAGAUCCCAGUGGCUGUUUCGGAUCUACUGAUAAAGUAUCAAAAGCUAAAAAAGAAAGUCCUAUUCUCUGGAGAUAUAAACGUCGCGAAAAGAAAAUGCCCAGCGGUUGUCUGAGUCACAUGACAGCUGUGGCAGCUGGCGCCCUUGGUGGGUUUCUCUAUUCAUUUCAAAUAUAAAUUUCCCCUAAUAAAUGAUGAUGUAAAAUAAAAUACUCUUAAUUGCAUCUGUGAGUUCUUGAUCUUUAAUAAACAACUUUCUAAAAGUGCA